CCAGAGAAGCAGUGGCUCAACAACAUAUGUUUCAAGAGAGCUGCUUGUUCUUGCGAUGUUCUCAAAAACAACUUAAUACUUCUUCACAUUUUGCUUGAACUUGGUCUUCAGGGUCUCGUUAGACUUAAAACAUUUAAACGAUGUACGAACGGCGGGAAGUGAGUCUUAAAUUGGGCUGGAUGUAGGAAGCAGAACAAAGACUGGAGGAAAAGGAAAACAACAAUCCUAUGGCUUGAAGGUUCUCUGUCUGGCUACAGCUCAUGGAUUUCCUCACAGAGUAUGCCUACAACGACACGUACUAUGACAAUGGGACGGUCAACGGCACGGCCUGCCAGCCCAAGCAUCCAUACAACUACUAUGCCAUGCUUCUCACGCUGCUUAUCUUCGUCAUCGUCUUCGGCAACGUGCUGGUGUGUAUGGCCGUCUCCAAAGAAAAAGCCCUGCAGACCACCACCAACUACCUGAUAGUGAGUCUGGCCGUGGCCGAUCUCCUGGUGGCCACACUGGUCAUGCCCUGGGUGGUCUAUCUGGAGGUGGUGGGAGAAUGGAGGUUCAGUAAGGUCCACUGUGACAUCUUUGUCACUCUGGACGUCAUGAUGUGCACUGCCAGCAUCCUUAAUCUCUGCGCUAUUAGCAUUGACAGGUAUACCGCUGUUGCCAUGCCAAUGCUGUACAACACAAAAUACAGCUCCAGAAGACGAGUCACGCUGAUGAUCUCUGUGGUUUGGGUCCUGUCCUUUGCCAUAUCCUGCCCCCUAUUGUUUGGGUUAAAUAAUACAGCGACUCGAGAUGGCGCGGUGUGUGAGAUCGCCAACCCGGCGUUUGUGGUCUACUCCUCCAUCAUGUCCUUCUACGUCCCGUUCAUCAUCACGCUGCUGGUGUAUGUGCAGAUCUACGUAGUCCUCCGCAAGCGCCGCAAACGUGUCAACACCAAGCGCGGCUGCCAAGCAACAGACAUUGAUCCUCAUGCCACUCCCAAGGACAAGUGCACUCAUCCAGAGGAUGUGAAGCUAUGCACAGUAAUCGUCAAGACCAAUGGAACUAUCCCCAGCAAUAACAACAAAGGUCUCCUCGUCAAGGAUGUUGCUCUCCACGGCAGUGAGCUGGAGAUGGAUUUAAUGGUGAGCACCUCUCCACCGGAGAGGAAGAAAACGCUUUACCCAGAAACAGGCCAGCUGCGGCCAUCUGCCGUGAACGCGGACGACCCCUCUCAAGUCGAGAGGCAGGUCAACGGGGAUGAGAAGAACGGCCACACCAAAGAGGGCCAGUCUCCGACAGCUGGCAAAGCUCUAGAGACCCAGGCCUUGCCCAAUGGCAAAACCCGCACCGCGGUGAGCAAGGCGCAAAGCAAGAAAAAGAUAUCGCAGCACAAAGAGAAAAAGGCCACUAAAAUGCUGGCCAUUGUCCUGGGUGUGUUCAUCAUAUGUUGGCUUCCGUUCUUCAUCACACACAUCCUGAAAACCCACUGCACCAGCUGUGUUGUCCCCAUGGAGAUGUACAAUGCUUUCACAUGGCUGGGGUACGUGAACAGCGCCAUCAACCCAAUCAUAUACACCACCUUCAACAUUGAGUUCCGAAAAGCAUUCCUAAAGAUCCUGCACUGCUGAUAGCACUGCUUAGAGCUCACUGCUCACGCAUGGUACUGGGAAUCAACAUGGAGGCAGGAAGAACAACCAACUGUCCAUUGAAAUGCUGAAAAGAGAAGGUCAAAUCACCUCAGGAUUUCAACGCUAGGCGAGUUGAAGCUAUGACUUGACAAACAGAUUCAUUACACACCGGCACUUUGCUCACACCUCAGUUGAAUGUACUAGUAGGGCUUUAUCAGUUUUCCCUUUCAACAGUAAAAACACCCUCCAUAUAGUUAAAAAAAACAGUUCAAGUGAUGAAUGGACUGGUGAUUGGAGCCAGUGGCCAUUUUUGGAACACUCAGUGGAAACUCCCACAUUAUGGGGAGGAUCAUAGGGAUUCAUUAGUGGGUCAGCUUCUCUUUUUUUCUGUAGCAAUAUAGAUGUUACAAUGUCCCUGUAAGGGCCAUCUUGAUGUACAUUGUGCAGAACACAGAAUAUUCAGUAUUAAGUUAUGUGUUAAAUUAUUGGUGUGUCAGGCUAUGUAAAUAUAAGACAAAGAGCUUUCUGUAUAGUGAAAUCAUGGCCAAAAGAGAUGUAUGAGACAAAUGUAUAUUUUGCAAAUUAAGGCCCAAAAUCAAAUAAUGGCUUUCUAAAUGGGGAUCGUCCUUUGGGUUUUAAAUUCAAAUGGGUACUUUGCCAUGUAUUGAGUCAUUUUUACAUGUCAGAUGUCAUGUGUUUUUUGAGAACAGCAUUUUAAUUGAACAUAGAGCAGAGUCCUCGUUACUGGGACUAGGUGACGUGGACACAGAGUAGAUCUUAUAUGAAGAUACACACACUGGACUGUGUCUGUUGUGACUCAGAACAAAAACUGGACCUCACAGAUCUUAUGUGUCUUGGUGAAGGACAGAGUGAAUGCCCAGCAUUAGUGAUGAUUUGCUAAAUGUUUGCAGUAAUAAGGUAACACUCUAAUGCUCAACCAGUUUUGUUGCAGACCAUGCCUUUAAUAUAUGUCUAUAUAUGUACAUACAUAUACAUGAUGUUAUAUUAUAAUCAUGACAUCACACAAUGCAGAAUUUGCACAAUGCUGUAAUCUGCUGUUUUAGAAAUACCAUUAAGACAUAUUUCAGCAUAGUUGGACUAUUAACAAUGUAUAAAAGUAUGACAAGUGUCAUAAAAGAAAAACCUGAAAUUACAGAGUGAUGGUCUACUAAUUUCUAUUUAACAAAUGUCAUACAUUGAUUUUUAUUAUUAAUUCUCUCAAAACUAUGUGUGCCAAAAUAUGUAAAAUACACCAUUAUGUUGAAAUGCUUUAAAUACUUUUAAUCUAAGAUAAUUGUUUUCAACUGCUACUGGAAAAUACACAAGCAAAUAUGAAUGUUACAUGCGACUCCAAGCGAAUGGAGAGCCAUGAGCCUACAAGCCUAAUUAAUGAAACCUUAAACAGACGCUUCAUUUAGUCUUCUCUCUCACUUUCCUCAUUCAGAUUUGCUGUGCUUUUGGUCACAAUUAGAUGUUAAAGAGAGUUACUUUGGACAGCCUUCAAGCUGUAGAAUUAAGCAUCAUAUCAAAUACUUUUAUAUUUGGCAUGAAACUCAAAAAAUACCAGAAUGGGCAUAGAGCAGAAGUCAGUUGGCUUUGUGUAAUAGGCCUUUUGUGGCCAUGUAGGGGUAAAUUCAGAAAGCCAUUGUUUCAUUUUGGGAACUCAAGCCCAUGAUAAAAGACAAGCAUGCAUGUUACACGUGUACUUUUUAUGGUAUCCUGGCCAAUGUGAGUCCCUCCACAGCUGCCUAGCAAAAAAAACAUUGAUAUUUUAAUGAAGCUACUGUAUGUGAACUAUGUAAAAUGACAAGUGGACCAUUUUCACUAUCAUGUAUAAUAUAUUUUUUUUUUUAGUGUAUAAUUUUCAAUUGUAAAUAAAAAAAAACACAUAUUGGCAAGGGGUCAUAUGUUCACACAUGCAAGCUAAAGUCAUAAGGCUGUGCUUUAAAUUGUAAAUUGUUUGUCACUAAAUUCUAUUUCUUAAU